AGUAAAAACAUGCAGGUCGCCACGCUGGUGUGCCCACCACCCAUUCUGCGUUUUUUGUCGUUUUGUCAUCAUGAUAAUGGCCCUGACAGUCACAAUGGCAAUCUGUGUGUGGUCACAGACGGCACCCCUGCAGCCUCCCGAUCUGACUAAGUGCAGCCAGCAGUCAAAAGCUGAUCUUUGCUGUUUGGCCAUUCCUUCGGCCAACAGGCCCCCACGGCAGUUCAUGCGAAACGCCUCCAUUCCCUUCGGCUACAGGUACUCUGCUUCAGAAGCAUUUCAGAAUCCAGCCUAUGUGACCAAAAUCACAAAAGCCUACCAGGUUUUGCGUAACCUCAGUGUAACUCAUCCGUUGGACCCAAGGUCCCUUGAGCAUCACCGGCGAACUCAUUGCGCCUUCUGCUCCAAUGGCCAAGCCUAUGGGACUCAGUACGCUGUCCACGGCAACUGGUACUUUAUCGCAUGGCACAGAAUGUUUAUCUACUACCAUGAACGUAUUCUCGCUUGGGCAUCGGGAGAUCCCAGCUUCAAGCUGGCGUAUUGGGAAUGGGACAGUCUAGAGGCCACAUCCAAGUCCUUACCUAGUCCGUAUGCCAAGCAGGGUUCGCCUCUGCACUGGGUAGUUCGCAACAGUGAAGCGAAAAUCACCCAUCUGGUAGGAAACGUGACGAGGAGAGCAAUUCUGAGGGCAUCAACACUAGAAGCUGACAAGUGGCAGCUCUUCUUUGGUGGCCGACUGGGUGCCAACCAAUAUGGUUCUGCUGAUGAUGGUCCACACGCGGCCAUUCACUUUGCCGUGGGGCCACCUCAGACUCGCGGGAUGGGAAGCCUGAAUCAUGCAGCCAUAGAUCCCAUUUUCUAUGCUCAUCAUGCCAACGUGGAUAGACUCGUCGAUCUGUGGGUGAACAUGCCAGCUAAGAGCAGAGAGAAGCGGUCAAAGUUGAAGACAAGUACGACGUCAACUGCAAAUGUCAUUGACAAGAACCGGUCAACAUCAAAGUCCCACAUGGCGUUGUCAGGAAGGGAGAGCAUUGUCGCACUGCGAGACUACCCAUCAAACAGGAUAUGGAGAGAUUCGUGCUUUGUGUUCUAUGACGAAGAAGCGACGCCAAGGAUCACAUGCAUCAAGGAUAUACUCGACACGUCAUUCAAUCUUAGAUACGCUUAUCCAAAACGACGACCCACGUGGCUAUCUGAGGACGAGCUGCCCGGAUUCACACAGGAUAAGGACCAGGUCCUUCGUGGCGUGCAUCGAGGACGAUCCUUGUCCUUUGCUGUCCUUCAAACAAACAUACAUGUUUCUCCAACCCACUCAUCGACCACGGUUGUCAGGCAUCUGCAUGGAGUUCACGUAGACAGCGAUAGAAAUGGUCAUGAUUCUGCUAUCGACGACCAUCAUGAUGACAAAGAAGCAGAUGAUGAGCCAAGUCUUGUCCUUGAAAACAAUAAUCAUUGUCGUCGGUACCAUCAGCAGAAGGAUCAACAAAUAGAAUGUCAUAGGGAUCUAAAGGAUGCAGAUCAGCUGUUGGACUCUCAAGGACAAGUCGGAAGAAGAUCUCCUGACGAGUCUGGAGCAAGCAGGGAUGGCAUCCCAGUCUCCCUUGUGGUUGGUCCUGUCAUCAGCUCCACCGGGGCCUUUGUGAAUGUGUCUUUCACUGAAUUGAUUCCUCCCUCGGCUAACGGGGAUGGCCUCCGCGCACAACCUCAACCAUCCGAUCAGAGUGUUGAGGGACAUGGGGAUCUCGUUGUCACUCUCCGAGGUAUGAAGCUUCCCGUGCGCCAUCCUGUGGCCAUCCACGUGUUUCUUACCCGCGUGGGCCACACCUUCUAUCCACACCCUUCCAAGUCAUCCUUUGUUGACGACGAGUCUAUAAAUAGCCCAAACUACGUCUACUCCUGUUUCACAAUGCCCAUGACGCCUGCACCAUCAUCGAGUUCGGCAAGCUACGAACCCAUAUCGGGUUUGCGGGCAAGAUCGAUAUCCAGUUCGAUGACCAUCCCUCGUACGACAAAAUUCUCUCUGACCAGUGCCCUUCGACGGCUCGGGUUUGACCCCGAUAUGCCGGCCAACCUCACAAUACACAUGGUGGCUGAACAAUACGGUGUUCACCGCAACAUGUCCAUGGAUCUGUGGAUCAAGGUUCAGAAAAUGUACUUGGAACGGCUGCAAGGUCCUUGAGAUGCAGGUAAUCAGUGGCCUGCAUAUGGAUUCCAGUGAAACAAAAAAAAAGAGAAACU